UCUUACGAUAAUGGCCUGGCACAGGGAGCUGGACUGGAAUCUCAUGGUGGCUCUACGUUUUGUGGUAUUGCAUCGCUGUGUUUGAUGGGUAAACUGGAGGAAGUUUUUUCAGAAAAAGAACUGAACAGAAUAAGAAGGUGGUGUAUAAUGAGACAACAGAAUGGCUACCAUGGACGACCCAACAAACCUGUAGAUACUUGCUAUUCCUUUUGGGUGGGAGCAACAUUGAAGCUUUUGAACAUAUUCCAAUAUACAAAUUUUGAGAAAAACCGAAAUUACAUCCUGUCAACUCAAGAUCGCCUUGUUGGUGGAUUUGCUAAGUGGCCAGAUAGCCAUCCAGAUGCUUUACAUGCCUACUUUGGGAUCUGUGGUUUGUCAUUAAUUGGAGAAUCUGGUAUUUGCAAAGUUGAUCCCGCCCUGAAUGUAAGCACAAGAACCUCCGAGCGCCUUCACCACCUUCAUCAGAUCUGGAACAAGGACUCUAAAUAGUGUUCAGACAACACACACCUCUCUACAUGACUGAUUUAGACUUGAAUUUAGUUCUGGUAGCAUAAUUGUAGCCCAAGGUUAAAAGCCAUGUAUAACCAAUGUGCUCUUUUAAGUGCUGGAGUCAUACAAUCAGAUCUGUGUUGCUGGCAUCACUUUGAUAGGGAGUUGCUUCAGCGGGUUGUUCUGCAUUGUGAAAAAAGGAAAUAUUUUGAUUAUAUAGAAGUUUGCCACCACAGACUGUAAAUGACUCUUCAAUGGCUUUACUUCUAAGAAAUCCCUUGAGGCGUUUAAACUUCAUUUUUAUUUUAUUUUUCUAAAUUUGUGCAUACUGUGUCAAAAUAUAUAAUGGGAAAGUAUUUUCAAAAUCUGUUUACAUAUCAUACAGUAUAGCACAGAACCUUAGAGUUCUUUAUGAUCUUCCUGUUUGACAUAUUUUUGGGUAGAGAAUCUCUCAUAUUAAGUCUCAGUUAAAAGUUACCUUUUAUUGUCUAAUUUCAAAUUCCAUGAACUUUGUUUUAAAAAAAAACCACAAGUAAAUACAAAUAAAAUUAUUUUAUUCAA